AUGGAGUCGUUCUCGCGCAGUGUGUUUCUCCUCUUGGCGCUGCUCUCGGUCUCUCAGUGCAAGUCCACGCUUCCCAAGAAAACGCUUGUCCUCCUGGAGAACCUCUACAUGAAAGACACACACUCGAUCUUCUUCGAGGACCUAAAAUCUCGCGGCUGCCAGCUCACCUUCAAGCUGGCGGAUGACCCGAACCUGGCGCUCUCGAAGUUCGGCGAGUAUCUCUAUGACCACCUCAUUAUAUUCGCGCCCUCCGUAGAGGAGUUUGGCGGGACGGUUGACGUGCAAGCCAUCACCGAUUUCAUAGACAAUGGAGCUGGGAACGUUUUGGUAGCAGUGAGCACUGAAAUCGGAGACAUUUUGAGGGACCUCGGGAUGGAAGUUGGGAUCGAGCUAGACGAGAGGGGCACCGCUGUGAUUGACCAUUUGAACUAUGACGUCAAGGAUCGCGGUGAUCAUACACUCCUAGUGGUCGAUCCUGGCUCUGUUAUCGAUGCCGAGACUAUUGUUGGAAAAAAGACAAAAACACCGGCUCUUUUUCAGGGUGUGGGGAUGACUGCCGAUCCAGAUAACCCCCUCAUUCUGGAGAUAAUGACAGGGACAACCACUUCCUACUCUUAUUUUCCUGGGGAUCCAAUCAAGGAGUAUCCUCAUGCAGUCGGAAAGGGCACGCUGCUGAUCGCUGGGCUCCAGGCUAGAAACAAUGCUCGCGUCAUUUUUUCGGGGUCGAUUGACUUUUUCAGCAACAAACUCUUCGCGUCACCUGUGCUGAAGUCUGUUCGUUCAGGCUCUGAGUUCAAACAGAGCUGCAAUCAAGAGCUCGCUAAGGCCAUUUCGCAGUGGGUCUUCAAGGAGAAGGGAGUGAUUCGCGUGUCUUCCGUAAAGCAUCACAAGAUCGGCGAGAAGGAGCCUCCGAGUGCCUACACCAUCAAGGACAACGUUCACUAUGAGAUUGUGAUAGAGGAGCUGGUGCGAGGGCAGUGGAAACCGUUCAUGUUGACCGACGUGCAAAUGGAGUUUUUCCGGAUCGACCCGUUUGUCCGCACGUACCUGAACAAGACGGCGAACAAGAAAGCGUACUAUGCAGAUUUCAUGCUACCAGACGUGUACGGAGUGUUCCAAUUCAAAGUGGACUACAAUCGAAUCGGUUACACCCACCUGUUCAGCACGACACAGGUUUCGGUGCGGCCGUUUCAACAUACGCAGUACGAACGAUUCAUACCCUCCGCGUAUCCGUACUACAUGAGUGCCUUCUCCAUGAUGAUUGGCCUCUGCUUCUUCACGUUCGUGUUCCUCCACUAUCGUGACAAAGAAAAGAAGGAAUAG